AUGGCCGGACAGCAACUCACCUGGCUUGUUACUGGCUGCUCCUCUGGCCUGGGGGAGGCUUUAGGCGAUAAAGUCGUAGCCACAGCCCGCGGCAGCAAAGGCGUCAGCGGUACCGACCGUCCCUCCUCCCUCAAAGAUGCUGGUGCAGCAGUCCACGAACUUGAUAUGGCAUCUCCGGAGGAAGCGAUCAAGAAACAAGCCCAAGACAUCUGGGACAAGUACGGACCGAUAGACGUUCUAGUCAACAACGCGGGAUACAUUGACAUAUCUACCUUCGAAGAAAUGACGUAUACGACUUCCUCCUCAACUCCAUCCGCAUCAACGCCCUCGGCCCCUUCACCCUCACCACCCACCCGCGCGCUCCUCCCUCACAUGCGUGCUCGCAAGUCCGGAACCAUCCUCUUCUCCAGCUCCGUGGGCACCUACCACGCCACUCCCUGUGCGGGGACCUACGUAGGCCCCAAGGGGAUGAUCGAGGGUAUGGUGCCGGUUCUGGCGACGGAAGUGGCGCCGUUCAAUAUCCGAGUGUCGAUUCUGACGUACGGGCAUUUUCGCACGCAGGUCAUGGCACCCGGGGUGAUUCAGUACCGGAAUCCGAAUCGCUUGUCGGAGUAUGAAGAUGAAUCAGCGAGCUGGAGUGGCAAUCAGCCGGGAGAUCCGAGGAAGGGUGCUGAGUUAGUGGUUGAGGCUGUUAAGGGGGAGGGGAGGUGUAAGGGGAUGGAGUUGCCGUUGAGGUUGCCGUUGGGGUCGGAUACGUUUGGUAUUGUGAGGAAUACUUGUCAGGACUUGAUGAGGGUUUGGGACCAGUGGUAUGGGGUUACGUCGAGGACGGAUUUUGAGUAGGAUGUUUAUGGAUUCUAGGAUAGUAGGUGGAGUGGUGGAGAAGGGUCACUUAAUUGGUUG